GGCGCGACGCCCCGGGGGACAGUCUGGGGUCUGACUACCGGGAAGGUGCGGCGGCGGGACCAGCUGGGAAGAUGCCCGUCGCCGUGAUGGCAGAAAGUGCCUUUAGCUUCAAAAAAUUGCUGGAUCAGUGCGAGAACCAGGAGCUCGAGGCUCCUGGGGGAAUCGCCACGCCCCCAGUGUAUGGGCAGCUCCUGGCUCUGUAUCUGCUCCAUAAUGACAUGAACAAUGCACGAUAUCUCUGGAAAAGAAUACCGCCCGCUCUGAAAUCCGCAAAUUCUGAACUUGGGGCCAUUUGGUCAGUGGGACAGAGGAUCUGGCAGCGAGACUUCCCUGGCACCUACGCGGCCAUCAGCGCUCACCAGUGGUCCGAGGCGGUGCAGCCGGUCAUGGAGGCGCUCAGAGAGGCGACGAGGCGGCGCGCCUUCGCCCUGGUCUCGCAGGCCUACACCUCCAUCGUCGCCGACGACUUCGCCGCUUUCGUGGGGCUCCCCGUGGAGGAGGCUGUGAAAGGUGUAUUGGAGCAAGGGUGGCAGGCCGACUCGGCCACGAGGAUGGUGAUGCCCAAGAAGCCAGUUGCAGGGACGCUGGACGCCUCCUUUAACAGGUUUAUCCCUCUGUCAGAGCCGGCCCCGGUCCCACCGAUCCCCAACGAGCAGCAGCUGGCCCGGCUCACCGACUACGUGGCUUUCCUCGAGAACUGACCUCCAGUCCGGCUCAAGGUCGCCUGCAGCGCCCUGUGUCCCGACGAACGUGGAGAUGAUGUAGACUUUGUACUUUGAAUUUAUCGGAUGGAUUAAGCACCUCAGCAUUCUGUACUGAGCAUGUGAUAAAAUACAUAUGUAAUAUAAAGCACACUAUACAUAUUUUGUCCUUAAACAUCAUGCUGGAUAGUUGCUGAAGCAGUUCUCCUUUGGGGACACGUGACAGUUUGGUGGAGCCCUCAGGACGAUACGGUCAGUUUGUUUCCUGGGGACUCAAACAUGCAGCUCCCUGCUCACGUGCACAGAGCUGGGCGCUGUCUGUCCCGCCUGCGCCCACCUCGCGGCCACCCCCACCACAGGUGCACAGCCUCAGGGACCCGCCUGGGGUUCGAGGAGGACCGUCCCUGCAGACUGUCUGAGCUGGGGGUGACCCUGCUGUACCCUCUUUGGAGAAUAUGCCCUCUUCUCUCCUUACCUCCUGCAGGUUACUGGCCCGGGAUGCCGAGACGCAGGCGAGGACAGGAGCUGUCCCCCAGCGAGCCGCGCUGCUAGCGUAGGCCCCUCGCGGAGAGCGAGCGGCACCCCCACCGCCGGCCUGCGGGGUCCGCCGCGGGCGCGGGGCGGUGCCGGGUGCUCCAGAGAAGAGUUGCGUUGCGACGCUUCCUUUCCGGGGCGGGAGCGUCCGUGGGGCGUGCACGAGACACGCUCUCCCGCCGUCCCGCGGCCUGUCGGCGGCCUGUGCUUCCCCCUCGGCUCCGGUUCUGCCCUGCGGGAAAAGGCUGAGCGAGCCGUGUGUUUCUGUGUGGUGGCCCUCUGAGCGUCUGGAGUUGGUGGGUGUGCCUGCCGGUUAAAACACCGCUGAGUUCAUUUAUUUUGCAUUUGUUCAAUAAAUAUUUAAUUGAAUUCUUCAACUGUUUCAUCUAAGGCAGUUCCUAGAAUUUUCACUCUCCUGUUUUUUCUG